ACAUUAUGAUCAAUAUGGCUCACUGUGCCAGACACAUUUUCUCGAGUCUCCUUCGUAUAACUCGCUGAAAGGGCUGAGAACAGCCAUGGGUGGCGAGGUUCCUCCAAUGCAGCACACUGCGCAGCUGGACCUUGUUGUCCACUGGGACGGUGAUGGUGACUCGGCAAAUCCGUUGAACUGGUCAUCGUUAACCAAAGGCCUGAACCUCUCUUUGAUAUCAGCCAUGUCUUUCAUCACGCCGCUUGCCUCAUCAAUGUUCGCACCGAGCAUAGAGCAAGUCAUGAAAGAUUUCGGCACUACCACCCAAUUCUUCGCCACGUUCUCUGUCUCGAUAUAUCUGAUCGGUUAUUUCUUUGGCCCGCUCCUAUUUGCGCCGCUAUCAGAAACUUACGGUCGGCUCAUUGUCUACCAUAUUACCAACAUUCUGUACGUGGUCUUCACGGUGGCUUGUGCAGUCGCACCUUCGUUGGAUAGCUUGAUUGGCUUUCGCUUCCUGGCUGGCUCUGCAGGUUCGGCAUGUCUUGUCCUGGGUGCUGGAAGCGUGGCCGACAUGUAUCCCCGCGAAAAGCGAGGCUCCAAGAUGACAGCGUUUGUCCUUGGACCGAUGAUGGGUCCUGUAGUGGGACCCAUUGCUGGCGGUUUUAUCUCGCAAGAUCUGGAUUGGCGGUGGAUUUUUUGGAGCAUUUCUAUAGCAGCCGGUGUUGUGGCCGUGGCAUGUCUUGUCUGCCUGAGAGAAUCAUAUGCUCCGGUUAUCCUGCAGAAAAGGGCUUUAAAGAGUGGCGCAUACGCCAGUACUCAGCGGCACAUCGCCAAUGGUCCCAAGCCCGGCGAGGAUCUGCUUAAUGCCUUGGUGAGACCAGCCAAGAUGUUUUUCCUGUCGCCUAUUGUUUUUGUGUUGGUGUUAUACAUGGCAAUCAUAUACGGCUACCUGUAUCUCCUUUUCACCACCAUCACCCAAGUAUAUGAAAACGUCUAUGGGUUUUCCACUGGCCUUGCAGGCCUGUCUUACCUUGGGUUAGGAGUGGGAAUGGUGCUCGGUUUGGCUGUAUUUGGCUCCACCAGCGACAAAAGGUUGAAGAAGAAGAAAGAAAAAGAAGGGCAAGUCGAACCAGAGUUUCAUCUACAAGCACUUAUCCCCGCAGCCUUGUGCAUUCCCGUGGGACUGUUCUGGUACGGCUGGUCUGCCGAAAAGAAAAUCCACUGGAUCAUGCCGAUACUCGGGACCACUUGGGUAGGCUUCGCAAUGACGGGCGUUUUCGUGAGUACUUCUCAAGACUGCUAAAGGGCAUCGGGAACAUCUAGCGUUAACUGCACGAACAGUUUGCGAUUCAGAUGUAUUUGAUUGAUUGCUAUCCACUAUACGUGGCAUCGGUCACGGCUUCGAAUACUGUUGUGCGGUCGCUAGUCGGUGCUUUUCUGCCACUGGCCGGGCGGCCGCUCUAUGAUAGACUCGGACUGGCUUGGGGCAACGCAGUAUUGGCCUUUAUUGCGUUAGCAAUGGUCCCUCUGCCCUUUAUAUUCCUGAAGUACGGUGCGUGGUUGAGAACACAUCCUCGAUUUCAGGUAAAGCUUUAGCCGCGAAAAAGAGACGGAUUUAGUCUCAAGAGUACUAUGUCGGGCACGUGAUCUUGAAAGCGGCGUCGAGUCCGCGGGCAUACCUUGGCGAGGACUUUGUGCAUGGCCAGCACUGCUCGCAUGAAUCCAGGAUGGCUGUGUUCGGGGAAGGGAAAUUCUAGAAAGCCGCUCUCCGUGUGGCGUGACUUUUCGGCGGAUCAACCUGGUGAGCCAGUUCGUAUGGAGUACAGAGGCCGUACGGAGUACUGUAUGUCGGGAUCGAAUCAAUGGCCCAAGUACUCGUACCCCUGCAGCAAGCGAAUGUGAAACCAGGGGGGUGGGAAAGGGAUGUGAAACAUUUUUGAGGCUGGACGACGGAGAAUAACCCAAAGGGGUGCGAAUACGAGUGCAAUUCCUUCGCAUUCGCAGGUGGUAGAACAUGGGUAUCACACUCACUGAACAUGGGUACACUGAUUGUAGCCAACCACUUCAGUUCAUGGCCAUGUUUGCAACUGGAGAUGUUUUGGAUAUGACCGAUCCACAUGGAUUCGGAGGAGUCUUCAGUACGUAGCAGGUACAGAGGACACGACAGCAUCCGCCGUCGAGUACGAGUAGUCGUCAGUACGGGGCAUGGAUAUCUGACUGCAGCAGCUGGCUCCGUUGGUUUGCUCGCAUCGCAUGGUGUGAAACGAGACUUCCGUGGUAGACAGUUACAAUUCUUCAGCAAUGAGUGGUGAUGGAAUGAGAUGUUCAUACUCCGUACAAAGC